GCUGGACUUCCCCGCGGCCCACACUUCAUCAUCCAAGUUCCCAAUUCCCAACACGGGUCGACGUAGUCGUAUUUUGAGAUCACUGGUGAACCUUUGUUGCUGUGACGGACGCGAGAAUCCCCAGAUUGGAUAAUCCUUUUCCCGAAUCCGAAGAGAACGUUGGAACUUAUGACGGCUGGAAUGGACUCCGUUGAUAAAAUUGUAGAGGAGUUAGAAGGGAUAAUUAAAACGUUUGCCACCAAAACGUUCGAAGACUCUCAGUUGGAGGAAGUAUCACUUGAGGAGGAGGUGAACUCAGAAUGUCCAGCGUAUCCUCGGUUGCAGAUACUUAAACUGAAAGCGGGAACCUUUCCUCUUUCCAAAGGGAAAGGUACUGUGGAAAGUGCUCAGAUAUUGGAGGAACUUAAAAGUAGUAUGGAAAAAGAGAAGGCUGAAGUUGCCUCUACAAAGAGUGUUAUGGAGGAAAUGAGGAAACAGCUAGUUGGAGCCAGGACAGAAAAGGAGGGGUUUAUUAACAAUAUAAAAAAAUUUUGUGAAACCCGUGGCAAGGAAGAGGAGUUUAUUUUAGCAGUGUCACAAUACAUUAAAAAUAUUCUAUGUCCAUCUUUGGAAAGCCAUCACAAAACUAUAGCUGGACUUGGAGAGGAGUUGGAAGGGUUUCAGACGAAGGCAGAGGAGUUAAAGGACAGUUAUCACAAGAUAAUUAGAAGUCACCACCAAGUUAAGUGUUUAAAAAAGAAGGUCGAGCAAGAACAAGAAAAUGUUAAUAUGCUGCAAAGCAGAAGGUCAACCCUGGAGAUGAAAAUCAAAGAAACUACAACAAAGUUAGUGGAAAAUAAGGAGCGAUUGCAAAAGCAGCAUCAAAUGCUACUAGAAUCACAUUCAGAAGAUGAGAAAUUUAGAUCUUGUGUUGAUAGAACUCUGGAGAUGUACCUUCAUAUGUUUAAGGAAAUGGAGCCAGUGAUUUGCAGUCUUGGUGAAAGUAAUGAAGUUACUCCUACCAAAUAUUCUGAAGAUGUACCUCGUCCAAAUGAAGUAAAGUCAAUGAUUUGCACUACCAAUGAGGAUCAUGUAACUCCUUGCAAAUCUGUUUUAGAAGUAGACUGUACUGUGUUGGACAAUUCAUUUAUUGUUGAACCUGUUGAUAAUGAAAUAUCUCAGCUAGGUGCAUUAGUAGAGAUAGGUCAGUCCCCAGCAAAAAAGCUUUCCUCAGAACUUUAUAAUAUGGAGCUUAUGUAUGAUGAAGUCUAACAUUGCAACCCCGUUCCUUUAAUAUUGCAACCUUGGUGUAAGGUUGCAUCAGUUUACAAUUGUUUAUCUUGUGUAAAGUGAACUCAUGAUAUUUUGUGAAGUUACUGUCAAUGCAUUAUGAUAAUUUUAUUUUGUCCCUAUUAAUGUAAAGCCAUCUUUAUUUCGAAUAAGAGGAAAGAAAUUUAUUAAAGCAAAGCAAAACUACAAAACAAAAUUAUAAUAGAAUAGUAAUAGAAUAUAAGAAUAAAAUAGUGAAAACUAUUUAAAGUAAAAGAAAGUGCUAAGUCAACACAUGCUUUAUUGUUUGUGGGUUAUUUUGCUUUUUAUACCUAAACCUAUUUCCAGUUAUACUUCUUUACUUAGAAUAAUUGUAGUUAUUGCUACCAAAGCAUGGUGAUCCCAUUUCAUAAUUUACACCUUUAAUAAAGGUAUAGAUUUCAUUUUAUUUUCCAUAGUAACUGCCUUCAAUGCAUGGUUUGCUUUCAAGAGUGUCAGAAUAUUACAGGUGUUAUUUCAUCUUUUAGCUUGUUUGUUGCUUCACAAUACCCAUUCUGUUUACGUAAUGUAAUUUUUGCAUGUAUUACAAUAGUUGUUUGUCAAAGAUAAAACUAUUCAGAACUGUUGGUUAAAUGAAUAAACAAAAAAUCCAAAAAUUUAACUCAAAGUUAGCAAGGAAUAAAGUACUUGCAGAGAAUGCCAAAAAUAAUGGACAAAAUUAAGAAAUAAUGAAAAUUAAGUUUUAACUUUGGAAACCCCCCCCCCCCCCCUCCCUCCUUUUUUUUACACAUGCCAUUGCGGAGGGUCAUCUCAUACAGUUUACCUUUAAUGCAAGGUAAAGUUCUAGGAGUGUUUGUAUCUGUCUGUUGAUACACUGAUUAUAUUUAUACUAGACUUUUUGUAUGAUUCCUUUUUGCACUUUUAAAUUUUUGCAUAUAUUUUGUAAAGGAUGUGUAAUUUUUUGAAAAAUAUUGUACAUUUUACAUA